AUGGGAGCCGCUAUUUCACUCCCUCUUAUGCCGAUAUCGUCGCUUGCGUCGUGUUGUGGAGCCGCAGCUUGUUCUGCGUUUUGCUCCUCAAUUGGAGGUACUUUCCAAUCUUCAAUCAUGACUAGAAUAAGCUAUGCCUUACUUCUCCUUCUUAAUUCGUUAUUAUCGUGGGUCGUGAUGUCACCAUUCAUAGUUCAUAAGCUCGAGAAGGCCACCUUUGGUUUUAUAAAUAAUCGAUGUGGUCCCAAUGGCGAUGAAUGUACAAGCUUUGCCUCCGUACACCGGAUAAACUUGGCGCUUGGAACAGUUCAUCUUAUCCUAGCAGCGUUAUUGAUCAAUAUCAAGUCAACUUCGAACCCUAGAGCUGUGAUCCAGAAUGGAUGCUGGAAAAUGAAAAUUUUCGCUUGGAUAGUUUUCAUCGUGGUUAACUUUGUCGUGAUUCCAGAUGGUGUUUUUGUCUUUUAUGGUAAUCAUAUUGCCCUAAUUUUCUCGACAAUCUUCUUAGGCAUAGGUCUUAUCCUUCUUGUGGACUUUUCUCAUGCCUGGGCUGAAACUUGUCUUGAAAAAAUCGAAAUGGAAGAACUCAAUGGCGAGGAAAACGCUGGAUUUUGGAAGAAACUUUUAAUUGGAGGAACAUUAUCUAUGUACAUCAGCAGUAUUAUCUUGACGAUUGUAAUGUUUUGGUUCUUUGCUGGGAAAGGUUGUGGCAUGAAUAAGACCGCUGUUAGUGUAAACCUUGUACUUUCCAUCAUUAUUUCAAUCAUGUCUAUCAAUCAAACCAUUCAAGAAUCUAACCCUCAUGCCGGGUUAGCGCAAGCUUCAAUGGUCAUUUUCUACUGUACUUAUUUGGUCAUGAGUGCCGUUGCUUCUGAACCUGAUGAUAAGAUGUGUAAUCCAUUGGUUAGAUCAAAGGGUACUAGAACGGCAAGUAUUGUGUUGGGUGCCUUUUUCACCUUUAUUGCCAUUGCGUAUACCACCACCAGAGCUGCCGGAAAUUCUGCCUUCUUUGACAGUGAAGCUGACAUCGAUGCAAGUAUUCUGCAAUCUGCGUACAUUAGUGGCCAACCAACCGCUGACUCCAGGCGAGAAAUGCGGUAUCAAGCCAUUAAACAAGCAGUUGACGAAGGUCUGUUACCAGAGAGCGCACUCAACCAACUAGACUUGUACGACGAUGAAGACUCCCCAAAUACAGGUGGAGAUCUUCCAUCAGAUGAAAGAACUACUACAAAAUAUAACUACGCUUUAUUCCAUGUGAUUUUCUUCCUUGCUACUCAAUACGUUGCUACAUUGUUGACCAUUAACGUACAAAAGGAUGACCUUGGCGAUUUCGUUCCAGUUGGAAGAACCUACUUUUCUAGUUGGGUUAAAAUCGUUUCAUCUUGGGUUUGCUUCAUAUUAUAUGGAUGGAGUUUAAUAGCUCCAGUGAUAUGGCCCGACAGAUUUGGUGUACAGUUGUAG